AUGGAUGUUGGAAACCACACCAGUGUGACAGAGUUCAUCCUUUUGGGGUUAACAGAAGAUCCUACACUUUGUGUCAUCUUCUUUCUAAUAUUUCUAGGAAUCUAUGUUGUCACCUUAGUAGGCAAUAUCAGCAUAAUUAUUCUGAUAAGAAGCUGUUCCCAGCUUCAGACUCCCAUGUACCUCUUCCUCAGCCACUUGGCUUUUGUAGAUAGCCUGUUUUCCACAUCCAUCACACCUAUGAUGAUCAUAGGGUUCCUGAAACGUAGGCUGGCCCUCCCAGUUGCUGGCUGUGAAGCCCAGCUUUGUUCUGUGAUCACAUUUGGGACAGCUGAGUGCUUCCUGCUGGCUGCCAUGGCCUAUGACCGCUAUGUGGCCAUCUGCUUGCCCCUGCUCUAUUCCACCCGUAUGUCCCCCAGAGUCUGUGUCCUCUUGCUAGGGGCUUCCUAUGUGGGUGGGUGUGUGAAUGCUUGGACAUUUACUAGUUGUUUAUUGACUCUGCCUUUCUGUGGACCAAAUCACAUAAAUGACUUUUUCUGUGACUUCUCCCCUCUGUUGAAACUUUCCUGCUCAGAUGUCUCCACUGUUGAAAUUAUCCCUUCCAUCUCUUCUGGCUCCAUCAUUGUGGUCACAGUGUCUGUCAUCGCUCUCUCUUACAUCUGCAUCCUCAGCACCAUCCUGAAGAUGCCCUCCACUCAAGGGAGACACAAGGCCUUCUCCACCUGCACCUCUCACCUCACUGCAGUCACUCUCUACUAUGGAACUAUUACCUUCAUUUAUGUGAUGCCCAAAUCCAGCUACUCAGUUGACCAGAACAAAGUGUUGUCUGUGUUCUAUACAGUGUUAAUCCCCAUGUUGAACCCCCUUAUCUACAGUCUGAGGAACAGAGACGUAAAGGAGGCCCUGAGAAAGGCAAUUCUAAAGAUAUCUUCUUAG